CAGCUAUUAGGAGGUUUGUUUUGAGCAGCAAGUGAUUAACAGACAGUUCUUCUUUAACAUUCUACGUUACAAGCCACCAUGGCCUCAACUUCUGGGAGGUCAUUUUCCUCGGUUGAGCAGUCAUCACUCGCAUAUUCUCAAUUACGUUGUGUUCGCGGAAGAUUAACUAGACAAAUUGCACUUAGGCCAGCUCGCCGUGCACCGUCGCGACUCAGAGCAAUUGGCCCUAGCGAUGACGUGCCACCUUCGGUAGCCGGCGACUGGAGGGAGUUUAGGGCUAAACUUAUUAUGCAACAAGACGGGAUACCAGCCGGAGCUCGACGUAGCGAGGACAAUCGCAAACUUCUUGAAAUCCAGAAUCCAUCACUCGCCGCCGAGGGCUUGUGGGCUCAUGCGACACCCAGCCCCGAAACCGGCGGGUUGCUCAUUGCCAGCCUGCAGGGCCCAGCCAUCCUCAAUGACGACCGGAUGUGGCAGAUCGUGGCGUUCCUGACGUCCCACGGGUCGGAGGGCUCCGUGGGCCUUAUCCUCAACCGCCCCACUGGCAUGGUGCUGGGUCGCAAGCCGGGGGGGCUGCCCCUGGAGCUGGGGGGUCCAGUUCCCGUACAGCGGGUGUUCCAGGAUAACCAGCUCUACUGCGGCGGCUUCACGGCGCAGCAGGUGAUCCACAUCAUGCACGGUCACCGGUUAAACGGCUGCGUACAGGUGGUCCCGGGUGUGUACAUGGCGGGGGAGGCGGAGGCCACGGCGGCGGUGCAGGGCGGCCGGCUGCCGGCGGGGGACUUCAAGUUCUUCGCGGGCGCUAUGACUUGGGGCCCGGGGCAGCUGCAGCAGCAGAUAGAGCAGGGCGCAUGGUGGGGUGGCGGGCUCCCUUCCUCGCUGCCUCUCCUCCAUACUGCUUUGCCCUGCCUUGCAAACUCACUGGUUCGCUCUCACUCUCGCUGCCUCCCUUUCCCCUGACGUCUCCUGCCACCUCCCCUGCCUCCCCUCCCCCCGCCAGGUUCACCGCUGCCUGUUCGCGCUCACUGGUCCUCAAGCCCGCGCUGCAGCUGCCGGUGCCGCUGUGGCGGGAGGUGUUGCAGCUGAUGGGGGGGCAGUACGUGGGGG